AUGAGCACAGCGCCCUCGCUUUCUGCCCUGAGAAGUAGUAAGCACAGCGGCGGCGGCGGCGGCGGAGGCGGCGGCGGCGGCAGCGGUGGCGGCGGCGGCGCGGACCCCGCCUGGACCAGCGCGCUCUCUGGAAAUAUCUCUGGCCCCGGCCCCGGCCCCGGCUCGUCCUCGGCCGGUAACACCAAACCUUUCCUUCACGCCGUGCCCCCCUCGGACCCUCUACGCCAGGCGAAUCGCCUGCCUAUCAAGGUGCUAAAGAUGUUGACGGCGCGGACGGGGCACAUUUUACACCCAGAGUACCUGCAGCCUCUGCCCUCCACUCCUGUCAGUCCCAUCGAGCUCGAUGCAAAGAAGAGCCCACUGGCGCUGUUGGCCCAGACGUGCUCCCAGAUCGGAAAGCCUGAUCCGUCGCCCUCCUCCAAAUUGUCCUCGGUGGCCUCCAACGGGGGCGGUGCCGGGGGUGGCGGCGGCGGUGGUGCCGGGAGCGACAAGGACACCAAAUCGGGGCCCCUAAAACUAAGCGACAUUGGGGUCGAGGACAAGUCGAGCUUUAAGCCCUACUCCAAACCUGGAGCGGAUAAGAAGGAGCCGGGAGGCGGCGGCGGCGGCGGCGGUGGAGGCGGGGGCGGGGGCGGCGGCGGCGGCAGCGGCGGGGUCUCGGCAGAGAAGUCAGGAUUCCGAGUACCGAGCGCCACCUGCCAGCCAUUCACGCCCAGGACAGGCAGCCCGAGCUCCAGCGCCUCUGCCUGUUCGCCUGGAGGGAUGCUACCCUCUUCGGGAGGGGGCCCGGAGGGCAAGGACGACAAGAAGGACCCUGAAGGCGCCAGUGGCAGUGGCAAAGGGUCUGCUGGCUCCUCAGGCGACGGAGGCCCAGGAGGGCUGGCUCACGGCCGGAUUAGCUGUGGGGGGAUUAACGUGGACGUAAACCAACACUCCGACGGGGGUCCCGGGAGCAAGUCACUGGGCUCAGACUGCGGCAGCUCUGGCUCCAGUUCAGGUUCCGGCAGUGCCCCGACCUCCUCCUCGGUUCUGGGUUCCGGGCUGGUGGCCCCAGUAUCCCCUUAUAAGCCGGGCCAGACGGUCUUCCCCCUGCCCCCCGCGGGCAUGACUUAUCCUGGCAGUUUAGCCGGGGCCUACGCCGGCUACCCUCCCCAGUUCCUACCACAUGGGGUGGCCCUGGAUCCCACCAAGCCAGGGAGCCUAGUGGGAGCGCAGCUGGCCGCUGCUGCUGCUGGCUCCCUGGGAUGCAGCAAACCAGCUGGCUCUAGCCCCUUGGCAGGGGCGUCUCCUCCUUCCGUGAUGACUGCGAGUUUGUGCCGGGACCCCUACUGCCUCAGCUACCACUGCGCCAGCCAUCUCGCCGGGGCAGCCGCAGCUAGUGCCUCCUGCGCCCACGACCCCGCAGCCGCUGCCGCAGCUCUCAAGUCCGGAUACCCUUUGGUGUACCCCACGCACCCUCUCCACGGUGUCCACUCGUCGCUGACUGCCGCUGCCGCGGCGGGGGCCACUCCGCCCUCGUUGGCCGGCCAUCCUCUUUACCCUUAUGGCUUCAUGCUCCCUAACGACCCGCUGCCCCACAUCUGCAAUUGGGUGUCGGCAAAUGGGCCCUGCGACAAACGGUUCGCCACGUCGGAGGAGCUGCUGAGUCACUUGCGGACGCACACGGCCUUCCCCGGGACGGACAAACUGCUGUCCGGCUACCCCAGCUCCUCCUCCCUGGCCAGCGCAGCCGCUGCAGCAAUGGCUUGCCAUAUGCACAUUCCCACCUCGGGAGCUCCGGGAAGCCCCGGGACCCUGGCCCUGCGCAGCCCCCACCACGCGCUGGGACUGAGUAGCCGCUACCACCCCUACUCCAAGAGCCCCCUCCCUACUCCCGGCGCCCCAGUGCCGGUGCCGGCUGCCACCGGACCCUACUACUCCCCUUACGCCCUCUACGGACAGAGACUCACCACAGCUUCGGCGCUGGGCUAUCAGUGA